AUGCAUAAUUAAAUAUUAUGUAGAGAAUAAUAUCAGAUCCUCUCAGCAAAAUGUGAGGUUAUGUUAGGAAAUACAUAGCCUUCACUAUUUCAUUCAAUGAAGAAACUCACCUAAAAAUAUAAGUUAGCCCCAUAGACUGUGAGCCCGAUAUCUUUCAUUAAUGUUUUGGAUGUAAUCUAUAUGAUGGCGACAGUUACUGUUAAAAAGGAGGAGGAGGAGGAUGAUAGCAGCCAGCAAUCAGCUGCAGUGGAAGAUGAUUGCAGCCAACAACAUUAUCUAAUCCCUGGCUACAACAUGAUCUUCAUCAAAGAGGAGGCAUAUGAUGAGCAAGAGGCUGGGGGGAGUUCAGUGAAGAGCGAACCAGAGAUGUGGUCUUUAAACUGCAGCACAUCUGGCCGAGACGAUGCAACAGAAGUGGGUGGACUGAAUGAGCAUUCAAUCUCUCCAGUGGAAAAGUGCACUGAGUCAUCUGUGGCUGACGAAAAGACCAAGCUCUACAGCUGUGCUCACUGUAGCUAUGAAACACCAAAGUUUUGUCAUUUGAAGAUACACAUUAGAAAACACACUGGGGAAAAACCUUUCAGCUGCCAGUUUUGUGACUACCAAAGUGCUAAGUCAGGUCAUUUGAAAGAACAUAUCAAAACACAUACUGGAGAGGAACCCUUCAGCUGCAAGUUUUGUGACUACAAAAGUGCUAAGUUAGGUCAUUUGAAAGCACAUAUCAGAACACAUACUGGAGAAAAACCUUUCAGCUGCGAGAUUUGUGACUUCAAAAGUUCUAUCUCAAGUGAAUUGAAAACACAUAUCAGAACUCAUACAGCAGAAAAACCUUUCAGCUGCGAGUUUUGUGAUUUCAAAAGUGCUCAUUUAAAUAGUUUGAAAGUACAUAUUAGAACACAUACUGGAGAAAAACCUUUCAGCUGCGAGUUUUGUGACUACAAAAGUGCUCAGCUAGGUCAUUUGAAAGCACAUAUCAAAACACAUACUGGAGAAAAACCUUUCAGUUGCGAGUUUUGUGACUUCAAAAGUUCUACCUCAAGUCAUUUGAAAAUACAUAUCAGAACACAUACAGAAGAAAAACCUUUUAGUUGCCAGUCUUGUGAAUUCAAAAGUGUUCAGUUAGGUAAUUUGCAAAGACAUAUCAGAACACAUACAGGAGAAACGACUUCCAGCUAAGUGAUUAUAUGAUUAAUUUGAUAACCAUGGCUUAUUAUCGAUUUAGCCAUGGGCUAUUAAAACACUUAAUUUACUUACAAAGCAUGUUACUUGUGUUGAGUUAUCUCUUGAACCGGUUGGAUGCUCUUACUAUCACUCAUGCAAUCAUGCCGACUCCGGUUUCUCAAAGUGUCGAGUUGUUCUAACCUAAACGUUUAUUUACUUCAUUUCUAGAAUGAGUUUGUAAGUCUAUUUUAAUCAACCAUGGAUAGUGAGUGUUUCAAAUGCAAAAUCCAUUUUACGAACAUCAAAGAAAUCAUUGAGUGCUCAGAGUGUAAGAACGUCUAUCAUCCAACUUGUUCAAAUUCUGUGCUACAAUCUACAGCCCUAGCAGUAGGAGUUCCAUUCAAGAGAGAGGAUAUCUCCAUCGCCCACAGGAUCGCUUUAGCUAAGAAAAAAACUAAACCAAUCAUCGUUCGUUUUGUUUCGCGGACUACAAAACUACUAUGGGGAGAUGCUGCAAAGAAAUAGAAAAACCUGUGUUCUACAAAUAUUCAUCCUAAUCUUUCACCUCAGAAUAUUUACAUCAACGAUCAUUUAACUGCGCACAAUAAGAUCCUUCUUGGGAAAGCUAAAAACAUGGCCAGAAAUGGAGAGUUAGCCUAUGUAUGGAGGGUGGUAAAGGAGGGAAAGAUUAUGGUUAGACAGAGGGAGGGUUCACCAGCAAAAAGAAUUUCAGAUGAUGAGGAUCUUUCGAAAUUCAUGAAAACUUAAUAACUUUGGUAUUUGUUUCAAUGACUAAAUAGCAGGAUAACCGAGAAUGAACUUGAAAAUAAAAUAAUAGCAAAAAAAGUAAAUAGACUCUCUUAUUAUUUC